GAGAGGCAGAGGCGCUGGGCUCAAGGUUAGGUUAGGUUUGCGAGUAUUUUUGUAGAGACCUGACACUUGACAUACUGUUUGUUUAUUAUUUGUGAUAUAUUUUUUAAAUAAAGUGUUUUUCGACAAAAAUCAAAAAUGUCGUAUAUGUUAUCGCAUCUCCACAAUGGCUGGCAAGUUGACCAGGCCAUUUUAUCCGAAGAGGACCGAGUUGUGGUUAUCCGUUUUGGACACGAUUGGGACCCAAUGUGUAUGAAAAUGGACGAAGUCCUCUACAAUAUUGCUGAAAAAGUAAAAAAUUUUGCAGUCAUCUACCUCGUUGACAUUACUGAAGUCCCAGAUUUUAACAAAAUGUACGAAUUAUACGAUCCAUGCACGGUGAUGUUUUUCUUCCGAAAUAAGCACAUCAUGAUCGAUUUGGGAACCGGAAACAACAACAAAAUUAACUGGACCUUGGAGGAUAAACAGGAAAUGAUCGACAUUAUCGAAACCGUUUACCGAGGAGCGAGAAAAGGUCGAGGUUUAGUAGUUUCACCAAAAGAUUAUUCUACAAAAUAUCGAUAUUAAUUUAUUCAAUUUAUUCACAUUACAUUAUUGCAAUGAUGAUAUCUUAAAAUUGUUUUACAUUAAAACGCUAAUCUUAGAAUAAUAUUAAAGAUUGACGCAAUAAUACAAAUUAAAAGAGAUUAAUUUGUACUUGAAACAUAGCCAAGAUGUUGUGAAUAAAUGGUAACUAUAUAUGGUAACUUUA